AUGGAUCUUGGAGACGAAGGAAGCUCUCCGUGGGGAGAUGUGCCCUCGCAGUCGAGCCCAGCCAACGAGAUAUCCAAGCCAGGCCAGGACAGCAGCGCUGGUACCGACACUCUCGCUCCCUCGAACAAGGCAACGGAAAGCUCGAAUCCUAGCGCAUCAACGGCAACUCGCUCGCCCGCCGGUCGUGGUCCUCGCAGGCGACAGCAUGGCGUCCAGUCUACAAAGCUGGAGGCCGUCGAAGACCCUCUAGGGCCCUUGGGCGCUGACACGCCGCCCACAGUUGCUGAAUCAGGGCCUCCAGCGCCGCCCCAGAAGGAGGCUGCCGGCCAGCGCAAUACUCGGGCUGCUCCUGGUGCCUCCGCUCCAUCGCUACGGAGCAUGAUGGACUCGGUCGACCUCAACGAUGACGAUGACGAACAGCCGCGGUCCCAAGCACCCAGAAUCCCCCCACCCGUUCAGGCGCAGGCAAAUGCGGCACCACAGCGCCAGACACAGCCGAGCGUGAGCGUGGAACAGGCUGCGAAGCCCUCCUUCUCCAUUUACGUUGGCGAUCCACACAAGGUCGGCGAUCUCACAAGCUCACACACAGAGUACUCGGUCACCACCAAGACAACAUCCAAAGGCUACCGCAACCCCGAAUUCACCGUCUCCCGCCGCUAUCGCGACUUCCUCUGGCUGUACACGCAGCUGCACAACAACAAUCCUGGUGUCAUUAUCCCUCCGCCUCCAGAGAAGCAAGCUGUUGGCCGUUUCGAUACCGACUUUGUCGAAUCCAGACGUUCUGCGCUGGAGCGCAUGCUCAACAAAACAGCCGCACACCCCAUCUUACAACAUGACAGUGACCUGAAGUUAUUCCUUGAGAGCGAUGCCUUCAAUGUCGACAUCAAAAACAGGGAGCGCAAAGAUGCUGGUCUAGGCGAAAGCAAGGGAAUGUUUGGCUCUAUGUUGUCCAGUAGUAGUGGCAAGUUUGUCGAACAUGACGAUUGGUUCCACGAUCGACGAAUUUACCUAGAUGCGCUCGAGAGUCAGCUCAAAGCACUACUAAAAGCGACUGACUCUGUGGUCACACAAAGGAAAGGUCUGGCUGAAGCGUGUGGCGACUUCUCAGCCUCACUCCACUCCCUCUCCGCCGUGGAGCUGUCUCCUUCCUUAUCUGGCCCUCUGGACAGUUUGUCGGAUAUUCAGAUUCGCAUUCGCGAGCUGUAUGAGCGACAAGCUCAGCAAGACAUACUCACCAUGGGCAUCGUCAUCGACGAGUACAUUCGCCUGAUAGGAUCGGUCAAGACUGCAUUUCAACAACGCCAAAAGGCUUACCAUUCGUGGCAUGCCGCCGAGCAAGAGCUGCAGAAGCGAAAAGCCACACAGGACAAGUUACUGAGGCAGGGUCGAUCACAGCAGGAUCGUCUCAACCAGCUGAGCGCUGAUGUGGCAGAUGCUGAGCGCAAGGUACACCAAGCGAGGUUACUAUUCGAUGACAUGGGACGGCUUAUGCGUAGCGAGCUCGAACGCUUUGAGCGAGAGAAGGUAGAAGACUUCAAGUCGGGAGUAGAGACAUUCCUUGAGAGCGCCGUGGAAGCACAGAAAGAGCUCAUUGAGAUCUGGGAAACUUUCCUCAUGCAACUCGACACGGAAGAAGGCGAGACAUUUGUACCGCCAGCUGGUGUCAUUGCCGCUGACAGGACGGAUAACAACGCGUCGAACGAGGAGCGUGCUGACCAGUCGACCCAAGAAGGGACACAAGCAAGCACCGAUGCCGAUUCGGACGACCGAAAUUGA